CCGGGGAUAGGUGGAGGUUAUCUAGAUUAUGAUCCCUAUGAGGCUUGUAUCGAAUCUAUAUCUCCAACUCGAGUUCAUGGACCUGUCAUGUGGAUUGGUCAUUUGUUUAGCUGAACUUUGAUCAAAUUGGGAAAUUACAACUGGCUCUAUAGGGGAAUUUUUAAUAUUUCAUGACCUAAUUGUAAAUUGUAAGUAGAUCAGUGAUGCAAGUUAGAAUAGUAGGUAGACAGAUUGUCUGGUUUGACUUGCAGGUUUGGUGGUAAGAGUUGUUAGAAGUGUCUGCACAUGAACUUCGUAUAUGCUUCGACUUCUACGGUAAGUAAUCUCUCAGACUGCCUGCCUGCAACUGUUCCCAUUUCCCACUUCCACGUUGAUUUUGUUUACAUACAGUCAACUGAAAACUUGUUUAGUUAGCUUUGAUAUUCUAUUCUCUAUUCGGAUCAGCUACAUCUAGGCAGUCUUACUUUUGUUGCCUCAUUGGGUGGUGGCUGCGGCUGUUAAAUUGUAAGAUAGAGGGCUAGUGAUGGAUCCUGGAGGACCUGGUGGAGGAGGACCGGGCGGUGGCGGUCCAGGAGGAGGUGGCUGGGGAGGCCCAGGCGGAGGUGGCUGGGGAGGCCCAGGCGGUGGUGGCUGGGGAGGCCCAGGCGGUGGUGGAUGGGGAGGCCCUGGGCCUGGAGGACCUGGUGGAUGGGGCAGCCCUGGAGGAUGGGGCGGCCCUGGUGGAUGGGGCGGCCAUGGACCUGGGGGACCUGGCGGAUGGGGGCCAGGGCCUGGGGGACCCGGUGGAUGGGGACCCUUGCCUGGAGGACCUGGUGGCUGGGGCUUUGGCAUGGGAGGCCCUUGGGGUCUUGGUUUCAUGGGAGGAGGACCUGGCUUUUUUGGAGGGUUUGCUGAUGGAUUAUGCAGCAUGAUAUCUUCUUGUUUGUCGUUUCGGCGAUUUUAAUACUUCUCAACUAGCAUCCCGAACUCUACUUGCGAAUGCAUAAAAAGUUAUACAUCUUCGGUUUUGGAGUUCAGAUAAAAGAGGAGUGUUAAAAUCGCUUCCCUUUAAAUAUUCGAAGGUUAUGAAUUGAAAUCUGAAGUGUUUACUUCUUGUUA